AUGGCCACUAUACCAGCACCAGCUGCCAGUCCCCAGACGAUGCCCGAGUCCAUUUCCGAAUCGUCCCAGUCUUAUGGAAAACCUGCCUCUCGAGGUGGACUACCCGAGAUGAUUAGACUCGACGGCAAGACGUUGACCCUGACCUCCGAGAAUCUGGUCCUCAAUGACCCUACCGCAAAGCAGGCCAACCGAACUUGUGGUUUCGCUGGGUUCGGAGCUUCUGCACCAACAGCGACUACCGUCCCCCUCUACAACGUUCUCUGGGCCGAGCUUGCUGGUGAGACGCUCACCAUCGACUAUGCGAAAUACGUCUCCAAGCACCGAGUCCAAGCCGCGACCUGGACCUUCCCCGUUUCCGAUCCCGACGCCACGGAAGUGAGGGCCUGGGCCGACACACUCCUGACGAGAGCCUAUGGACCCGCGAAGCGAUGCAAGAGAGCCAAGGUCCUGGUUAACCCGCACGCGGGCCCCGGAGGCGCUGAAAAGAAGUGGCGCGGCGACUGCGAGCCCCUCUUCAAAGCCGCGCGCAUGCCGAUGGACGUGACCCUGACGACAUUCUCGGGCCAGGCGGUUGACAUUUCGCAAGAGAUUGACGUGGACGCCUACGACACGAUUGUUACCUGCUCGGGCGACGGCUUGGCCCACGAGGUCUUCAAUGGCCUGGGGAAGCGACCCGAUGCGCUUCAGGCGCUGCAAAAGAUUGCCGUUUCGCACAUUCCCUGCGGUUCGGGCAACGCGAUGAGCUGCAACCUCUACGGCACGUAUCGACCGUCGCUGGCUGCGCUGGCCAUUAUCAAGGGUGUGGAGACGCCGCUGGACCUCGUCAGCAUCACGCAAGGCGACCGGCGGAUCUUGAGUUUCCUUAGCCAGGCGCUCGGCGUCGUGGCCGAGAGUGAUUUGGCAACGGAGCACAUGCGAUGGAUGGGCGGCGCACGAUUCACGAUCGGUUUCUUGCAGAGGAUCUUCCAGAAGAAGUGCUACCCCUGCGAUCUUGCCGUGAAGGUGGAAAUCGACGACAAGCACGAGGUCAAGCAGCACUACAAGCGGAAGAUGAGCACCGCGUCGGCGGCGAACUUUGGCGGCAUUGCGGAUGCUCCCAAUUCAGAGUCCCACGAAGCGGGCUCGGGCCAAUCUUCUACUCAGCAGGGUCUACCGCCUCUGCGGUUCGGCACGAUUAAUGACGAUUUGCCGGAGGGGUGGGAGCUGAUUCCCCACGACAGGAUGGGCAACUUUUACUGUGGAAACAUGGCAUACAUGGCCGCCGACGCAAACUUCUUUUCGGCGGCGUGCGCCAACGACGGCCUCAUGGAUCUCGUCUGCAUCGACGGCGACGUGUCGGUCAGCUCCCAGCUCAGCAUGUUGCUGUCGGUGGAGACCGGCAAAUUCUUUGACAACCCGCUCGUGUCCUACAAGAAGAUCACGGCGUACCGCAUUAUCCCGCGCAACCAAAAGGACGGCUACAUCAGCAUUGACGGCGAAAAGGUGCCGUUCGAGCCGUUCCAGGCCGAAAUCCACCCGGGCUUGGGCAAGGUGAUUUCGAAGUCCGGCGGGUACGAGGCCGCGGGUCCAACCAACUGGGACAAGAUCACCAUUGGCGACAGGAUCAUGGCGUAG